UUGAAAAAAAUAACACAAUAAUGCCAGUUGUUAAGCAGCAGCAGUGUUCAUCGAGUAGCGAGUUAAAAUGGGUAGUCUUGACGGUAGUGUUGACGGCACAAAUGAAAAUCACCAAGCAAAGUGCUUCGAGCACACCGAGCAGGGCGGCGAGAAUUGCCGCUCAAGUGUCAACAACACAAUAAGCAAUAACCAAUCAAGUGAAAACUAUAUAAGCGCCGAUUCGCAAAGUUACAACAACAAACACAUGCACAACGCUGCAAGUGCACACGAUUUGCAAAACCAAAAGAAAUUCUCAUCGCCGGCUUACACGGAAAUUCGCACAAGAAAAAACGGACUCAAGGCUGCUGCUGCAGUGACUACAAACGGAUUCAAGAAUUCGAUUGGAAAUGGAUUAUAUCAAAAUCACAAAAUCAACGGUAGCAACGGUAGCAAAACUUCAAAUGAGUUCAAACCAUCAGCAGCUGAUAGAAUUUUACCUCCUGCUCAGGAACACAUUCAAAAAACCUCUUUCGAAGAGGUGCCACUACACACAGCCUGUCUUACAUAUUUAGGUUUUUAUUUACUUAUGAUACUAGGCUAUAUAAAUCAAUUAUUAUUUGUACCAAAAGUGGCAAAAGAAGAACAUCGAGAUGGUUAUGUUACACUGUACGAUGCUUUCGAGAGUUUUUACUCACGCUAUGUGUACAGGCGAGUGCGAGAUUGCUGGAAUCGACCUAUAUGCAGUGUGCCGGGUGCAGAAUUGACAUUAAAGGAUCGUGUAACACACGAUUACGGUUGGAGUUUUGAAUUCACUGGUACAGAAACACGCUGCCUUAAUUUAGGUUCAUAUAACUAUCUGGGCUUUGCCGCAGCUACUGGGGCUUGUGCUGAUAAUUCAGAAAAAACUGCACGAGAGGAUGGCUUGUCAUUAGCUAGUUCGCGUGUUGAAUUAGGAACAACACAGCUUCAUAAUGAUUUAGAAAAGCUGACCGCACGUUAUUUGGGUGUCGAAGAUGCUAUUGUUUUUGGCAUGGGUUUUGCUACGAAUGCACUUAAUUUGCCAUCAUUACUAACCCCAGGUUGUCUUGUGGUUAGUGAUGAAAAAAAUCAUGCCUCAAUAAUAUUGGGUAUACGUCUUUCUGGCGCUACUACAAAAGUAUUUAAACAUAAUAAUAUGCGCGAUUUGGAACGUGUUUUAAGGCAUAACGUUGUGAAUGGUAAUCCUAAAAAUGGUGGUAAACCUUGGAAAAAAAUUUUAAUCAUAGUCGAAGGUGUCUUCAGUAUGGAAGGUUCUAUUGUUCGUCUUCCGGAAAUUAUAGCACUCAAAAAGAAAUACAAAGCUUAUUUGUAUUUAGAUGAGGCACACAGUAUUGGUGCGAUGGGUCCAAAUGGUGGAGGUGCUGUAGAUUAUUUUGGAAUAGAUCCACAUGAUGUUGAUAUUUUGAUGGGUACAUUUACAAAAAGCUUUGGUAGUGCUGGUGGUUACAUUGCUGGAUCAAAAAAACUUGUUGAUUUCUUGCGCGCCAACAGUCAUGCACAUUGUUAUGCUAGUACAAUGUCACCGCCAAUAGCUCAACAGAUUUACACUUCUAUGCGUAUUAUAAUGGGACUUGAUGGAACAGAUAUUGGAAGAAGAAAAAUCAAUCAAUUAGCGCGCAACACACGUUACUUCCGUAGGCGUUUGGCACAAAUGGGCGUAAUCACAUAUGGUCAUGAAGAUUCGCCUGUGGUGCCGAUGUUAGUAUAUUUGUUUUCCAAAAUCGGUGCUGUCGUACGUACUCUAACUACCCGACAUAUUGCUGUAGUAGGAGUUGGAUUCCCUGCUACACCUAUUAUGGAAGGACGCAUACGUUAUUGUUUGUCGGCUGCACACACCAAAGAACAAUUGGAUUAUGCGCUUGAUGUUAUCGAUGAAAUAAGCGAUAAUUUGGGUUUGAAAUACUCAAGAAAGAGACGAGACCCAUAUCCAAUUGAGUAUUAAUAUAAAAUACAACACACAAACACAUACAUUUACACAUAUACACAUAUACAUGAUAUAUCAUACAUAUUUAAAUGAAGGAGAAAUAUGUAACGAGAAGUAUAGAAUUUAACUAUAUAUACAGCUAUAGAUAAUUAAAAUUUUUCGGAUCUUUAAACUGCUAACUUUUGAAUACAGCUUAAAAUUCUUUUAA